AUGUAUUCUUUCAAGGAGAUACAGACGGUCAUACCGGCCAAGGAUAUGGUGGAUGUCGUCCUGAGUCGGACGCAGCGACGGACUCCUACAGAGGUCCAUCCCCAGUUUAAGAUCACACGUAUCCGGAGCUUUUACAUGCGGAAGGUUAUCAAGAGGCAGAAGCAGAGGAGGUUGGCUAGAGAUGCUAAGAAGGGAGAAGGAGAUCAUCAUAUCCCCGAGAAGAAGCCUAAGCAUCUAUUCUCUGGCAAGAUGGGCUUUAAGAGGGAUCGUCGUUGA